AUGGGCAUGCCUGAUGCAUUGCAUGCGCCAGCCACUGGUGGCUUGACCCAAAAGACGGGUCUGCAGCACUCGGAAUUUGGAGAGUGCAAAGAGGAUGCGUUCCGGUGGACGUCGCGGUAUGAUGCGGGCCAGCUUGAGAGCUCGGAGGAGGAUACACCGAGCUACCUGACAGUGCUUUCGACGUACCUCGUGUACAUUGUGUUGAUCCUCUUUGGGCACGCUCGCGACUUUAUUGGGCGCCGCUUCUACCCGCAAGAAUUCGCACAUCUGCGUGAGAACAAUGGGUACGCGGCGCUCAAUUCAGACUUUGACAGUUUCUUUACGCGACGCCUCAAGACGCGCAUCGACGACUGUUUCGAGCGGCCUGUGACUGGUGUGUGUGGCCGCACGGUCAUGACGCUCGAGCGGAUUUCGCACGACUACAACCGCUCGUUCCAUCUCACGGGACGCAAGCGCCGUGCACUGAAUAUCAGCGCCUACAACUAUCUCGGCUUUGCUCAGUCGCAUGGCGAGUGUGCCGAUAAUGUUGAUACGGGCAUCGACAUGUACGGCCUGUCGAGUGGUGGAACUCGCCUGGGCGCAGGUAUGCUCGACCUGCAGACGCAGGUCGAGAAGAUGGUGGCCAAGUACCUGGGCCACGAAGACGCCAUGUUGAUUAGCAUGGGCUUUGCGACCAACAGCACGACGAUCCCGGCUAUCGCUGGUCCAGGCACGUUGAUUGUGUCGGAUGAGCUGAAUCACACAUCACUGCGCUCAGGUGUGCGUAUGAGCGGUGCGAGCAUCCGGCCAUUCAAGCAUGGGAGUAUGGAUGCUCUUGAGGCGCUGCUGCGUGAAUGCAUAAGCCAGGGACAGCCACGGACGCACAGGCCAUGGAAAAAGAUCAUUGUGAUCGUCGAGGGGCUGUACUCGAUGGAAGGCACGAUCUUCGAUUUGCCGCGCGUGCUGGAGCUCAAAAAGCGAUACAAAUUUUACCUGUACAUUGAUGAGGCGCACUCGAUCGGCGCGCUUGGACCGAACGGUGGUGGUGUGUGUGACUACUUUGGCAUUGAUCCGAUGCAGAUUGACAUACUCAUGGGCACGUUUACGAAGUCGUUUGGUGCGGUGGGUGGCUAUGUCGCAGGCAAAAAAUCGACGAUCGACGCCAUUCGUCGGCGCAACUACUCCAACGUGUAUGGCGAAACCAUGGCACCGCCUGUGCUGGUCCAGAUCAUGUCGUCUCUUGCGACGAUCAUGAGUAUUGGCAGAUCACCGGAGAACCGGGCCCUGCUGCCGUCCUGGACGCACUUUUCCGAGCAGUUCUUGAUGGGCGUUGAGGGUCGGCACCGUCUGGAGCGCCUCGCAUUCAAUUCCCGCUACCUGAAUCAUGGCUUGCGCAAACUCGGCUUUAUUGUGUGGGGCAACCGCGACAGUCCUGUCGUGCCACUUUUGCUCUUCCAGCCGGGCAAGAUGGUGCUUUUCUCUAACCUGAUGCUUCACCGCGGCCUGGCACUGCCGCCGUCGCAGCGCUGGCAGACGGAAGAUGAUGUAUGGAACAGUGCAACGCUCGAGACAGCGCAGGUCGCAUCCACCGGCCCGCAAGGCGUGCGCCGACGUCCACCGAUCGUCGUGGUGGUCGUUGCAUACCCAGCCACGCCGCUUAUUUCAUCUCGUGUGCGCUUCUGUGUAAGUGCCGCGCAUACCAAGCAAGACAUUGACGACGUGCUCGUGGCAUGCGACGAAAUCGGCUCGCUCCUGGCGCUCAAGUAUGCCAACGGCGGCCCUGGCGGACGGUGGCACAUUGACAAGGUGUUGUCUCAUUCCGCGGAGCUCGUGGCAUGGAAUGGUGUAAAUCCCCUCCCUGAGCCAUAG